GCCCGCCACCAAGGAAUGUGUAUGUUCAUAUUCAAGCCGUCAACUGGGGCAUAUAUACAUAAAAUAAACAUAUACACAACUAAUAUAGCACAGAACAAUGAUUUUAAAUACCAUGCAAAAUUUCACCUUUAAAUCAUUGUAUUGCAAAGCAAUCAGAUGGGAAGAGAGGCCAUGUUGUACUGUGUUUUCAGUACAGUCCUUUGUAGAAGGAUAAAAAAUACACUUCUUCUGAUAGAUACAGUCUUCUGAAAUACUGUAAAGCACAUAUAUUUUACCCCAUUUUGUCUGAGUCUGAGAGUUUCAGAGCCCUCCAUGGCCUUUAAACUUUUUCUGGUCUGCUCCAUCUUGUCUUGGAUGCCUUGUUUUCUGCUAACAUUUGCUCAGGUUACAAGUGAUGGAAUUCUGUUACUGAGUUUGAAGGGCACUCUGGGGGAUGAUGAUAACUUUCUGCUUUCAACAUGGAAUGCAUCCAGUCCAAUCUGCCAAUGGAGGGGCAUCCAAUGGGCAAAGCAAGGUAAUACAUUAUUGCAGUGCAAUACAUCACUGGUAAGAUCAAAUCUCACCCUUUAUAGAGAUCCUUCUAUUUUUGUCUACAGUAUCAAACUUCCUGCAGCUGGGCUAACAGGAACAAUACCCAGAGAACUGGCCAAGUUGUCUAGUUUGCAGGAGCUUUAUUUGAAUGUUAACAUGCUUAAAGGCCCAAUACCGUUGGAACUUGGCAACAGUCAGAACCUUGCUGUCCUGUCAUUGAGGCAGAAUCAGCUCAAUGGUACUAUUCCGCCUUCAAUAUGGAACCUAUGUAACCAGCUGGUUGAGCUUGACCUUGAUCAUAAUGAUCUUGGUGGUUCAAUUCCAGAUCCAGCCUUGCUAAAUGAGACAUGCCCAACUUUGCAAAAGAUUGACUUAAGCAUUAACCAUCUUGAAGGCUCUGUACCCACUUUCCUUUCUCAAUUCAGUGGCCUCCGUUACCUGGACCUCAGCAACAAUUCUUUAUCUGGAACAAUCCCAGCGGCCCUUGCUAAUAUGAGCCUCACUACGCUGAAUUUGGCAUAUAAUAAUCUCACUGGUACUAUACCCAGUUUUUCUCAGAAUUUUAGCCAGAAUGAUUUUGUGGGUAACAGUCCUUCUCUGUGUGGGAGUCCUCUGCAAGCCUGUUCAGUAAUCCAGACUUCAAAUCAGGGCGGUGGGAAUCAUUCUAGAUUAAGCCCUGGGGCUGUGGCCGGUAUUGUUAUUGGUCUGAUGGCUUUCAUGGUUGUUGCAGUAUCUGUUUUGAUUGCAUUGGGUACCUCUAAGGAUAGGAAGAUAAAAGGAGAAUUUAUUAAUGAAUUUGAGGAAGAAGAGAGUGGAGAGGGCAGAUUGGUGUUGUUUGAAGGUGGGGAGCAUCUGACAGUUGAUGAUGUUCUCAAUGCAACUGGGCAAGUGUUGAGCAAGACAAGUUAUGGCACUCUGUAUAAAGCAAAGCUAGCUCAGGGAGGAACAAUUGUGCUUAGAUUGCUUAGAGAAGGCACAGCCAAGGACUUGGAAUCAUUCUUGCCGGCUAUAAAUGAUUUUGGACGACUCAGGCAUGAAAACCUUGUUCCUCUAAGGGCGUACUAUGAAGGUCAGAGAGGGGAGAAGUUGUUGGCUUAUGAUUACAUACCCAAAGGAAGCCUGGCUGAUCUUCUUCACAGUGCAGGCAGGCAGACUUUGAACUGGGCUAGAAGACACAAGAUUGCCCUUGGAGCAGCUAGAGGGUUGGCCCAUCUUCAUUCAGGACUUGAAACACCCAUAAUUCAUGGAAAUCUCAAAUCAAAGAAUGUUUUGGUUGACGAAUACUAUGUAUCCCAUCUCACAGAUUAUGGAUUGGACAGGCUUAUGAGUCCCUCUGCCGCAGCUGAGAUGAUGGAAGCUUCAAGCCUAGAAGGCUACAAGGCUCCUGAACUUCAGAAGAUGAAGAGGGCUAACACCAAGACUGAUAUCUACAGCUUUGGCAUUCUACUUUUGGAAAUAUUGAUGGGUAAGAGGCCAGGUACCAAUGCCUCUGUCACAAAUGAAAUUGUUGACUUGCCCAGCAUUGUAAAAGAUGCAGUGCUUGAGGAGAGAACAACACAGAUUUUCGAUGCUGAAAUUUUGAAGGGGUUGAGGAGCCCGGCUGAUGAUGGGUUGAUUCAGGCUCUUCGACUUGCAAUGGGCUGCUGUGCACCUUCCCCUACUGCUAGGCCAGAUAUCAAAGAGGUGAUCAGACAACUGGAGGAAAUAAGACCCAAAUUGUACUCACCUUUGUACACUCCUAGGGGUUCCAUUCCAGAUUAGAAACAAGCCUCAUGUGGGUUUGAUCGUAAUGCUCUGUAAGGGUUUUGUGUUUUCUAGAACUUCUGCUGUUUUCAGUAAUUAUCUCUUUGUUUGAGGCCUUACUUAUGACCACUGUCUGAUCUCCAAAGGCCCAUACAUUGAUGCAUGUUUUGUGAGUUUUAGCAGUCAGGUAAGUGUGUUUUAGUGUUCAGAUUCAGUUUGUGGAUUAUAAGAUUAAAUUGUUGGCAUCUCAUAGUUCUAUACGACCCAACAAAAUAGCAAUUGCAUCCUAUGGAGCAGCAAAAGCUUGGGGGCUUUACUUAUAUUUAAGAGUACAAAAGCAGUCUGUUAAAUUGUUUAAAGGUGGAAGCGCUAAUAUUUUUAGGGCUUUCCAUAUAUUGCCAGAAACUGGUUGCACUGCUUAUCUCAACAUAAGAAAUGUAAGUUCUUUUUCUUCUU